GCUUUUUAAACUUACAAGUGAAACUGCCUGAAGAUCUUUGGCUUAUAGCGCGCACGAAAAGCGGCGCAGUCGCCUCCUCCUUCAGAUUACCAUAUUGAAUUGACUUAUUGUAGUUGAGCUUCUAGGUGAAAAGGUCGAACGAUACGCAAUUGCCCGCCAGGACUCCAAAACCAGGAGUACCACGGUAGUAUACAACGUACAGUCGUUGCACAAACAACUAGAACUUAUGGAGGAAAUGGCUUGGAACGCGAAUAGCGUAGUACCGGUGCCAGCUCCCAGCGAUUUCGGCCGUUGUGCCACAUGCCGCUGCAACCUCUCCGAGCCCUACAUAAAGUGCUCUGAGUGCCUGAACACAUUUCUGUGCCUGCACUGCUUCGCGCAUGGCAGGGAGAUAUCGCCGCAUCGCAAUAAUCACGCUUACAUCAUAGUCCGCGACAGCAUUCAGGUGUUUGCCCACGAGCCCCAUUGGACUGCCCGAGACGAGCGCAUCCUGUUGCAAACAUUACGGGUUCAAGGCUACGCAAACUGGGAGGCCGUCUCGCAUGCCUUAGAGCAGCGACACGCUCCCAUGGAAGUGCGUCGGCACUACCACGACUGUUAUUUUGGUGGCAUCUUUGAGCGCCUGCUGAAGCUUCAGCACUCAAGGCACAGCUACCUUCCUGAGCGAAUGCCGUAUGUGUUCAAGAUGCGCAGUUUGGAUCCCCCACGCCACGACGACAUCGCCGCGAUUCAGUUUAAGCUAAGUGCCGGAUAUCGCUGCGCACGGGGAGAUUUCGAUACGCCCUAUGACGCCUCCGCCGAGAGCCUGCUCUCAAUUAUGGUGAAUCAGCGGUCGAGUGAAGAUGACCAAGAAGGUGAGAGCAACGAAAUGGAACGGGAGAUAACCGAGGAACUGCAGCUAGGACUGGUGCGCGCUUAUAAUAAUCGAUUAAAAGAACGCCAACGUCGUUAUAGGAUCAUGCGGCAUCACGGUCUAAUCAUGCCUAAUCGAACGGUUAGCUGGAUUUCCAAGUACAUGCACGCAUUUACCAGUGACACCAGCUGCAUGCGGUUCCUGGGGUUCAUGCAGAUCUGUAAACCCGUAGAAUUUGACUUGUUGGUGGAGUCCCUACGACACUGCCGCGAACUCAAUACUCGUUUGUUUAAGUUGUACGAAUUGCGUCAGCAGGGCGUCAGCACUCUGUCUGGAGCAUCGCUCUUUAAGCGGCUCUACAAACAACGUCAGCAAGCUCAACGGGAAUACGUCCGCCAGAAGCAACAGAUGGAUACUUUCGACUGGCAGCACUUGGUGCAGUACUACGAGUACAAUCGAAAUGGAGAACAAUUGCCACCCGGAAUCAGCUCCAAGCUGAUUGCCUUGAGCUCCCGCCGGAAAGCCAGUCCAAUUGAAAUUGGAGAUUUGCCCGGGUAUUCUAAAUUGGAUGCUGGCGAAAGGAAGCUGUGCAGUGUGGCUCGUUUGGUACCACAAUCAUAUCUAGACUACAAGAACCAACUGGUUUCGGAGCAGGCCAAGCUCGGUCAUUUGCGCCUGGCCGAUGCGCGGCGUCUAAUCAAGAUCGACGUGAACAAAACGCGACAGAUUUAUGAUUUCCUGCUGGAAAACGGCCACAUCAGCAAACCGCAGUCCCUUGGCUAAACCAUAGUUGUUCUUCCAUGUUUCACUUAGUUCGAGACUGCCGAGACGCUGCUGAUAUCGGAGGUUCACAUGUUGCUCGAUCAUCG